UUGAUGAAGGAAAAAAUAUGAGUGGUGUGAAAAAAGGUUUGGUUGGACUAGUAAAGGAGGAGUGCAAAAAAAGAAAUGUUCCUCAGCCUAUGUUCAUCCACUGUAUGAUUCACCAGCAAGCGUUGUGCGCUAAAUAUUUAGAUAUUAGCUGUGUACUUCAUCCCGUAGUUAAGAUAGUGAAUUUCAUUCGAUCACACGGUCUGAAUCAUAGACAGUUUAGAAGCUUGUUGAAAGAUAAUGAAUCAGAUUAUCCAGAUAUGCCUUAUUACACAGCAGUACGAUGGCUAAGUUGUGGAAAGCUUUUAACAAGAAUGCUUGAAAUAAGAAAGGAUGUUACGGAGUUUUUAGAAACAAAGGGCAAACCAGAACCGUUGCUACGUGAUGAAAACUGGCUAUGGAAAUUGGCAUUUGCAGCAGACAUAACAACUCACUUGAAUUUACUGAAUCUUAAACUUCAAGGACGGGACAAUCUUAUUUCCGACUUGUACACUCAUAUUAAAGCAUUCAGACUUAAACUUACUUUAUUUUUAGAACAGCUACAGAUAGUAAACUUAACACAUUUUCCACAGUGUCAAAAAUUUAAAGGGCAAGCAAAGGAAGAAUUCCCAGUUGAUUAUGCAUUUGAUUUAAUAACCAACCUGCAAAAGCAGUUUAGUGAAAGGUUUUCUGAAGUAGACGAAAAGGCUUCAGAAAUUAGAAUUUUUCAAAAUCCAUUCGAAGCAGUUGUUUUGGAUUGUCCCAAUGAAUUGCAGUUGGAGUUCAUCGAAAUUCAAGCGAAUGAUAACCUGAAAGAUAAAUUCAAAGAAGGACUAAUUGAUUUAUACAAAUUUUUGCCGAAAAAAGAUUUUCCAAACAUGAGGGAUUUUGCAUGUAAGUACAUUUCACUGUUCGGAACAACAUAUUUGUGCGAACAAACAUUUUCACGAAUGAAAUACGUAAAGAAUAAUUUGAGAUCCAACUUAACGGACAAACACAUGGAAUCUAUACUGACGAUAGGAACGUCAAAUUUGAAACCCGAAUUAUCCGCAAUUACAGCCUCCAAGAAACAAUUCCAUCAUUCGCAUUAGUUUCAAAAGAUUAAAACAGUACAAAUUGAAUACAACUAAAAGAAAUCAAGACAAUGUGAAAUACAGUGGCAAUGUAAAAUAAAGAACUAUAAAGACAAAAAUAAAGAACAAAUAUUGUGAGUAUAAUUUGCAUUGAACCUAUUUUAUAAAAUUAUUUCAAUUCAGCUAUUUGAUUAUUCAAAUUAUAAUUAUUUUCUCAAACAACCACAUCCACAAACAACACCCUCUCCGCCCCCUCCCCUCACCAUCCAAAUUGAAUGCAAUACUAUUUUUGCAGAUGAUGGCCCUCAGCUGCGGCUAUUCCGCUCAAAGCGGCCCGCCAUCUAAAAAGUUUGGAGACCCCUGGUGUAG